CCUAACCCUAAUAUAACUAUCUCAAUCCUAUCUCAUACACCUUCUCUAUAAGGUGGAGUCAUUUCGGUUAUAUCUUCUUUAUCAGAGGUUUAUUAAGGCCAACUUCACUUUUGUUUGACUCUGUUUAGCAAUGGAGUAGCACUGAGUCCACCGCCUCCAGCCACCAGAGAACAUUCAGUGAGCCGAAAGAGAAGACGGAUGGAAGAAGAACCACAGGAAGUAAACACAGUUCAAACACCACACGCCUCUAUCAGCUCAUCGUUUAAAGCCCUCCAAUGUUCCUGUGAUCGAUCUGGUCCUGAUUAAAGUGAUCAUGCCCGUUAUCUGUGCAGCUAUUGGCUGCAACAACAAGUUCGUCAAAGGCUCCGAAAUCAGGUUCUAUAGGUUCCCCCUCAGCAAACCCCAGCUGGCCAACCAAUGGGUGCACAGCCUGGGGAUGAAGAACUUCCUCCCCACGGCCAACACCUGCCUCUGCUCGGAGCACUUCCGGCCCGACUGCUUCAGGGACUACAACGGGAAGCAGUUCCUCAGGGAGGACGCCGUGCCCACCAUCUUCACCGCCGGCCACGACUCCACUAAGUCUCUGCAGAUCGAGCUUCGGAAGAGGGGGGUGGUAACCAAGGACACCAAUCCGGCGGCUCGGCCAGUAACGCAAACCGGAGAACGGACGAGGGACGGGGCUAACCUCCGCAGGGAGAAGAGAGGGGCGGUGAGGGGAGGACGCGGAGGGCGCGGCGGGAAGUACUCAACCAAUGAAAGACAGACGAUGGGCCCCAAGAGCAAGCUGUACGACGCCAAGGGCGUCCUGAUCUCCAGCGGGAAGGACAUGUGCGACUGCCUCGACGUGGACUGCAUGGGCUGCUUCUACCCCUGCCCCGACUGCGGUGCUCGCAAGUGCGGCGUGGAGUGCCGCUGCCACAGGAAGUGGCUCUACGAGCAGGUGGAGGUCGAGGGCGGCGAGAUCAUCAGGAACAAAUUUGCUGUGUGAAGACUCCAGAACGUUCUGGAACCUUUAGGGCCCAGGAACAUGGAGGGGGGAGGGAGGGGGGGGGCCCUGAGGGGGCACUGAGGGGGCCCCCUGAGGGGGCCCUGAGGCACUGAGGCACUGAGGUCCUCGACCAAAACAGAAGUUUCUUUGAGUUUGACACACUUAAACACUAAAGACACCUCUUCUGUGCUGUAUAUAUUUCUUUUGUGUUGUAUGAAUAAAGAUCAGUUUGGGAUAUCUG